UUUUUUUUUUUGAAGCGCAGCAAAAAUUUAUCUUUAACGGUUCAUUUAUUCUCCUUAUCAAUUUUUCUUUUGUUUAUUGCAAGGGUGAAACAGCGUCCUAAAACCAUCUGCCAACAAAGGGAAGCUAUUACAGGAUGACAGACACCAAAGAGGGAAAUCCUUUGCAAACUGAUGGUAAAUACAUACAUAACUACACUGAUUCACCUAAGUGAAUCACAGAGGCAUUAAGAAUUGUUUGUCUGCAGGAGAUGGGAUUGAUGUUUCCAUCAUUCUCUCAAAUGGGGACAAAUAUGAGGGCCAAUGCAGCAGGUCUGAAUCUGGAGCGCUUGUAUGGGAUGGCGUCGGAAAACACACUUCUGCCAGUGGCAUCAUAUACACGGGAGACUGGCAAGAGGACAAAAUGCAAGGCAGAGGGACCCUGCAAUUUCCCUCUGGGGCUCAGUAUGAAGGAGAGUUCAAAGACAACAUGUAUCACGGCUUGGGAAAAUACAUCUUCCCAGAUGGCUCGGUUUAUAAAGGCUGCUUUUGUAAUGACAGGCUGGAGGGAGAGGGGACCUUUACUGAUGCACAAGGACUGAGUUGGACCGGAGACUUCCACGGUGAAGUGGCGCUUGCCCUCAAACUGCUGCAUAACCUCUAGAUGGAUGGACCUGAGAUCAUUACACUAAAAUCAAACUCAUUAAAAAAUAAUAGUUUUGAGAUUACAUUUUGCUUUGGGUCAAGAUAUUUCAAGAAAUUA